UUGACGGGUGCUAAGUCGUCUAUCUCGGUAACUUUACUCGGAGGUCCAUUGCGAACAGUAGCUUAUUUUCAUUCCAAAAUUUGGAGUAUUAUUUGUGUAAUACUGAGAGUAACAUCCUUGUGAGACUAUGUUACUAGAGAGUAGAGUGUUACUGUUGUUGUCGGUGUUCCUGGCGAAGCGCUCUUUGGUAGCUGGAUUUUCUCAGUCUUUCGAUAGUGACUUUACAUUCACUCUUCCUGCUGGCCAAAGGGAAUGUUUCUAUCAAACCAUGAAGAAAGACGCCUCUCUGGAGAUUGAAUACCAGGUGCUCGAUGGCGCAGGUUUAGAUGUGGACUUCUACCUGUCAUCACCAGAUGGGGAAACUUUGGCCAGUGACUUCAGGAAAUCGGAUGGAGUCCACACAGUGGAGACACAUGACGGAGACUACAUGAUCUGCUUCGACAACACCUUCAGCACUGUGUCAGAGAAGAUCAUUUUCUUUGAGCUGAUUCUGGACAAUAUGGGCAGUGAUGACAACGCUGACGAGUGGAAAGAGUACGUCCACGGUACCGACAUGCUCGACAUGAAGCUGGAAGAUAUUAUGGACACGAUAAACAGCGUCAAAGCGCGGCUGGGGAAGAGUCUGCAGAUCCAGACGGUGCUGCGAGCCUUCGAGGCCCGGGACCGCAACCUGCAGGAGAGCAACUACGAGCGGGUCAACGUGUGGUCCUGCACCAACCUGGUGAUCAUGCUGGUGGUCUCUGGGAUCCAGGUGUACGUGCUACGCAGCCUCUUUGAGGACAAGAGGGCCUCGCGGACGUAAAUCCAAGCAUGUGCUCGCCAGCGCCACCCCAUGCCAGGGAGGGACGAUUGGCAUCAUGGGCCACACCAAGAGACUUGAGAGAGUAACACACACACAGACACACACACACACACACACACACACACACAUACACACACACACACACACACUGGGUCACUGCUCCUAGCCACUGCAGAUGAGGGUUCCUCUCUCUUCCUGUUCCUCCUCCUGUUCUUCUUCCUCCUCUCCUACCCCACUCUCACCUGACGAAGACAAUCAGUCCCAAAGCUCUAUAUUUCUAUUUUCUACCCAAAAGGUCAACGCACUGUUUCAGUUUACACAUUAUUCUAAUAUGAAAGUAAUGAGAGUGGGACCUAUGGUGGUGUUUUCAUUCUAGGUAUUCAUCAUGUUUGUCCCUGCAGGAUUUUAAAGUUACAAAGCUUAGUAAAGCAAUACAGACUACCUGAAGAACAAGCAUUUUUACAAAUUAUGCAAACACAAUAGUAUUAGGGUGAUGGGAAAGUCAUUUGUGGAUUUCUGUGGAUAUUCUUCUGGCACUGACGUCAAUUGAUGCCUCUACCCCAUUCUUCCGUUUUUUGUCCCUUUUACUAUUGUGCCACACCUUAUGUUUCCAUUCAGACUAUUGCUGCUGCCAUUGUGCUGUGCCCCAAACUCGUUUUUACAUUUCUGUGCCAUGCCCUUCAGGCAAAAUCACAUUCAUCACUCAAGCCAAUCGUGAGAUUUUUUUUUUUUAGUUAA